AUGGAUUUGGUUGACGCUCUGGGUCCCGAUUUUGUUCCAACUCCAUUAUCACAUCCCAGACUGACAUUGGUACUUAGUCAUGGGUUAGCUGAUCAUGAAUCGGUGCUUUGUGAUAUUGCCGGUCGACUCACGCGUCCAGUUGAAUCUUCUAUGCGACCCAGUGUUGGUGGCGGUGGUGAUACAAACUCCACUUCCGAUAGCCACUCCCCUCACCGCUGCUGUCUGUUUAUAGCCGUUCAAAAGCCAGCUGAUCUGUACCAGCGAAUGAUCAGUCGGGGUUCAAAGCUUUUACGAGCGACCACACCGGAUCUACAGUUUGUUGACGUGUCCAGUUGGCUUCAAUCAAUGAUUCGUAACAUUGACUUGUCGACGGCAGACCAGCCUGUGUGUUUGUCGUUUGCCGACCAGCUAUCGGAGCAUCUCAAGGAGCAAGUGAGUUACUGA